CGAAGUUGCGGGUGGCUGAAAGUUAUCGGACACUUUGUUGAGCGUCUUAAUUUUUGCCAGCGAUCACGGGGAAUGUCACGAGCCUUAGCAAAUACAGUAUGCAGUUGACGAAAUGGCCUCGACGCCCGAACAAGUUGUCUGCACACCGACUUUUGUUUUUCCAGCCGCUUUCCCAGAAACAUACGGCAAAUUGCUGAUUGCCGAAGCGAGCAGCUGUUACGGGGUUCUUCUGCCACUGGUGGUUUAUGGGGGCUAUGCAGGAUUUGACCCUCGGCAGCACUUGGCCAACUUUCACGCCACUGCCCCCGCAGCAGCCAGCAGUGUGCCCCAACCAGUGGUGCAGAACACUGAGGAGGCAGCUCACCAAGGUCUCAAGGCAGUCAAGUCGCAGCCACGCAGCUCCUUGACAACCCUCAAGAUUCCGCAGGUGCCAGCAAGCGACUUUGGUCGCAGCCUGGGGUCGGCUCCUGUUGCCUUCCCGGGCAUUGAGCCACACAAACCGGCAGCUGCACCUGCCCAGAAGGUUGAAGCACCGGUGGCUUCUGAGAGCCCCAAAGGGGACAAGCUGUGGCCCUGCCCAUCUUGCAAGGUGCCUUUCAAAGCAGCCUCUGAGCUGCAGCAGCACUUGGGCCAGCACACACGCUCAGAGCGAGCUGUUGGGGCAGUGCCCUGUGAGGUGUGUGGAAAGUUGUUUGCUUCAGCUGAGCGAGUCCGAGCUCACGUGCGGGCAGCUCAUGGUGAGAAGGCCUGUGCCUGCGACAUCUGUGGCAGCGGCUUCAGCUACCGGUGCAAGUUGCUGGAUCACAUGCGGACGCACACGGGUGACAAGCCGUUCCGGUGCGAGGUGUGUGGGAAAAGCUUCUCGCAGAAGAACCACCUGACGCGCCAUGCCAUGAUCCACACGGGCGAGCGGCCGUUCCCGUGCGACUUCUGUGGGCGGGGCUUCUACCGCAAGGACAAGCUGGCCCGGCACCGGCGUGUGCACACAGGUGAGCGCCCCCACGUUUGCCUAGUGUGCGGCAAGAGCUACGGCCGCCGGGAGAAGCUGGCGCGCCACCUGCGAGCUCAUGCGGGCGAGCGGCCCUUCGGCUGCUCCCAGUGCGGCCGCCGGUUCCUCGAGCCCCGGGACUUGAGCCGACACAAAUGCGCCGCCCCCCCUUGUUCCAGUGGGCAGCAGCAGCACCAGCAGCAGCAGCAGCAGCAGCCAGCCGAGAGCCUCCUGCUCCUCGCCGGGGGUGGCCCCCUCGCGGGGCUCUACCAGCGGCUCCAGCAGCAAGGGCCCCCCAGCACCACCGCCAAUGCCCCCCCAGCUGGGCAGCCCCAACCAGACAACCCCUUUCGGCCCCGGCAGCUUCAAACCUGACUGGCAGCCACCUGCCAGUCUGGCCAGUCCCCGCCACUGACUGUGAGAGUGCCACCCGCACCUGCUGCAGCUCGGAGAUUAUUUUCCCGUACUAGCCGGACUUGCGUGUACUUGAGCACCGGAGGGUGUCAUUCUGUGCCUGCACUUUGUAGGUGCAAUUGCUCGAUACCCCACAGGGCAGGGAAAUGGCUUAUCACUAGCUGACCUUUUGCAGCCAUUGCAAUUCUGUAUGUGUUUUGCUCAAGUUUUGUUUCUUAGAAGAGAUAAGCAUGUAUGCAUAAGUAGAAGAUGAACAGUUGUGUGGUGUGAGAAUCACAACUGCGAUUCUCACUGCGAGAAUCGCAGUGAUGCACGUGUGGAAAUGUGUGCAGAAUUGAAUGCCCAAGUUCUUAUUUUUCUGCUUUUAUCCUUUUCGCCUAGAGUUGUCAUGCCUUUGUAAAAAUCACUUAGUAGGCACAUGUCCUUUUUUGUGUAGUCUUAAUGCUCAAUUUUCUUUCCCUUCUUUUUUGUAUAUGCAGUGUUCAUCUCCUGGUACUAACCUCUGUCAGAGUCAGUACUCCAGGUAACUGUAUGUAUGGAUCAUUAAGGGCAAACAUACUCAUAUGUAGAAGAUGCACAAAUUUUGAUUUCCUCCCUUUUCCAUUCUGCACGUUUGACUGCGUUUGUGUGUGUGUAUAAACUUAUAAAUGAUCACCAUGCAGGAAUGUAGUCACUAGCCCUGUAAGGCGCAUUGUCAUCUACUUAAUUCACUAAACUUUCUGUACAGGAUGGCUGUGCUAGUUUUCAUCGAUUCCAACUUUCAUAAAAGCACGAGCGACAUAGGGGACAAGGGUGAAAGAAAGCUGUAGAACAUAUUUUAGCUUGCUGCAGUGGUCAUGCGUGAUUACAACAGGUAGGCAAAUUAAUACUUUAUUUUUAACAUUGUCAUGGUGUGGCAUGGAAACAUCAUCCUUUUCUGUUUCCUCUCAUGCCAUCAAAUUCUGUCAUGCAUGCUCCUCACAUGGUAGAGAAUCAAGACAUUGUCACAGCAUGGAAUGGCUUCUUAAAUUAAAGAUGUCUAAUCUCAUCUCUGAGGCUAUGUCUCAUUGCCUUUCAACAGCACAGUGGUGUGUGUAUUAUGCACCUUGCUGAGGCUGUGGUAAAGACAAUGGGGGAAAAAUCACAUGCAGCACAGCAUUUAAACUGCUAAUAGGCAUCUAAAAGUUUGUCAAGAACACGUGGGCAUAAAGCAGCACUAGCUUGUGCAGUGCAAGGAGAGCGAGAGCAUUUGCCUUAUAAUUAACUUCGAUAUUAUCAUGUGUUAUAAGCAGAAACAACUUUAUUUAUGUUGACUUCACACGUAUUGCUUCUUUACGUUUCUUGUACUAGGACUGGAGACAUUACAUGGAGCAGGCUUGGGAAAUAUAGGUGGUUUUACCAAAUGGUCAAGCUUGCGUUGGGUAUAUAUACAGCAGAAAUAGUGCUCCAAGGACAAAGCAACUUACUCAUAAUGGGGCUCAACUUUUUUUUUGCAGUGGUGUUUCUUAUAGUAGCUCAAAUCGGACUUGUUGCAUGAAGACGUCUGCAGCGCUACUGGGCCUCUGAUUUUUUUAUUUCUGGCAGCCAGAUGGCAGCUAACAAGUUCCACUCAUGGUAGGAAACAACAUGGCUCACAUGUACUGGGAUCCUGAGGCAGCGUCAAGCUGCCAAAGAUUGAAAGAUUGAACUACAUAGCAGCCAGCCGAGAUGAAAAUAGACUUGCUACUGCAAUGGCAGCUGUGAAACUCUAUGCUGGUCGCAUAGUUCCCCAGUUGCGAAUAUGUUGUUAGGUUUGCUGAAAAGAAGCGAUAGUCUCAACCAUUCACAAAAAGUGAUAUAAUCACACUCUCAAGGCUGGGCAGAAGAUAAUGUGUAAGCACCAAGCUCACUCUUGCACAGCACAAUGACUGUCCAGUGCUAUGAUGUGAAAUUGUGCAUCAUGGCAUUUUCAAACAGACACCUUGAGGAUAGCCUGCUUGUAUUGAAGACGUCACCCACCAGUGUUGAUUAGUUGCAGUUCUGUUGUCACUUGAUGAGAUCAGGGUUCUUCAAUACUUUUCUACUGGUCAUGAAACUCUCGUAACUCAGUAGAACUGCCCGCAGUUGCCGCGACAUGUAGCUAGAAGGUAACACUAUACGCAUUCUAGACACUGGAGGCAGCACGUUGCUGUGCGUGCUUGUAUUUGUUUCACCUCAACGUGUCUCCCCGUGCGGUGACAUCUGUGUUUUAGAACGAAAGCUCUACUACUGCAUGUCUCGCAAGGUCAUCCAUUAUGUCGCAAUGUCCUCGAGCUGCCAGAGCGCAAUGCAAGGUGCUCUGGCUGGCCUUGGCAAAAGAAGAGCCACAUGGCUUGAGGCAUGAGCCAGAGAAAUAGGACGCUCUUGGCUCUCGGCCAGCUUGGACAGUUGCUGCGUGAUAUGCUGCAGAGAGACGUUGCAGCUUUGCUCACUCUGAGCCUUGCCUCUGCAGUACCACGUGACUAGCUGAAGUUUUAAUGGCUAGUUCGCCUGCACUUGGUUGCUCAGUGUCGCCAUGGAUGGCACACCAGCUGUGUGUGUGCUUCAGUGCAAGAGACAUGCUGAAUCCAAUCACCCAGUAGGUAUAGCUAGAGAGCAGGCUGUCGUAAAAUCUCAGUCAAGGGCAAAUUUGCCUCCUGAAGCACUGGAGCAAAGGGAGACCAGAUUAGCACGUUAUAGAGAAGCUUGCCAAGUGUGGAAGUGUGCCAAGAUCGAAGCUGCUGCAGCCACCACUUAUGUGCAUGCUGUUUGCAAAACCAUGCCAAACCUACAUUUUGCUCGUGAUAGCUAGGUUUGGAAGAGUUGAACCUCAGCCAGUUUUUUUAAUUUGCCAUAGGGUGUGUCCAGGUAAGAUUGAACACGAGGUCCCGGUCACCAUUCCUGAUUUUGAUGAAAUUUACUGUAGGCCUAGGCAUUAGACUGAGCACAAUGGUUCCAAAGUUAGUAUUGCGAAAAAAAUUUUGUUCGCCUAAAAAAUAUAUAUAUAUAUAAAAAUUUUGGCCGCAAAAAACACUUUUGCACCCAUUUCGUGAUUUCUUAAUUUUGGGCGCACCUAGGGAAAAAGUGGUGCACUUCUUGGUCACAAUAUUUAUUCCCCUCAAAGAACAAGUGAAAUACAAUCUUAUGAGCCUAUUAUUUUCCUUACCUGUCGAAGCACUUUUGAAGAAGAAAAUCACAAACAUGGCAAAUCACACAAAACGCCUGUAUUUCAGGAAUUUAUUGCUGCAAACAAGUUAAAGUGAAGAUAAUGAAAAUUGGUAGAUAUUAACUUUGAUAUUUGCGCUCUGUUCUAAAAUAAUUUUCACGGUUUUAUCGCACUCUGUUUUACUCGAUAAUUCGGCUGAAACGUAAGUGGUUUACCAAAAACGCCGAUGUUUGAAAAUAGUUCUCUCAAAAAGGCUUUUUUUUUUUUAAUCUCUGAUUGAAGUCAAGGACGUCAUCUACCAUUCUGCAUAAAAAAAGCGUUUCAUUAUUUUGGUUGCUACAAAGUUCUAAUGCAUCAAAUGUGACCAAGUCAGCCUAGUGGCCGUGCCAUUCGUUACGUGCUGAAAAUCAGAUACAAGUUGUUCAAAAUAUAUUGCACGUGACAUAAUCAUAAAGCAGCAGCUCCACAAUUACAAAUGCGCUCCCAGGUGUCAUGGUUCAGCAAGCUUUGUCUUGCGAUCGGCUGCUUGACAAACUUGCAGCUGCGGUCGCUCACAUUACAUGAGUGCCGCUUCGACUGCGGAUGAGCUCCGCUUGCGCGCCAAACUACGCUAAGAGGGCGAACAAGAGAAGGAAUGCAUCACUGUGAAAGUGAAAGGCUGUUAAGUGCCAGCAAAAGCCAUAUACAACGAAAACUCUGUCUGCAAUUCCUGUAACGUCUACUAGCUCAACUGUUCUUUUUAUGCCUUCUGAAACCACUAUCAUCUGCCGCAAGUGCUUCCUGUUCCCUUUCACCAUACUCGUAAUUUGGCUAGUGAACAACUUGCAUGCUGUAUUAUUUUCAUUUGCGCAACACUCAUCACUGCUCAUCAGUUAAUGAACACGGUGGGAAGAAAAAGUGAUUUUUUUCUUUUCUUUUUCGUUCGAAAUGCUUACGUGGGGGGCGCUGGUUGCGCAUAGUAUAAUAGACCUGGAUAAUAUCUGUGUCAUAUGGGCCCUUUCAAAAGGCCAUCCACACUCGAUGGCCAUCAAAACGCCACAACUCUAUCAACUCAAUGGAGAUGUCGCGCUGCUACACGGCAGUUUUGAACAGCCGUUGAGUGGCCCUGGCGUUUCUCGCAAAAAUUGUAGCAGUGCGGAUCUUUAUUUUCGUAUUCAUAUCCCCUAAAGUUAAUAUAAUAUAAGUUCACUGAAAAACUCAAAUAUGUCUGUUGAUAUUGCUUAAAUAUUUGAACAAAUUCUUUGUUCGAAGUUUUGAAUGCAUGUUUAGCUUUUAAGUUGUUGAGCAGCGAAACAGUGGGGAGUGAAAUACGGCAAGACGGCACAAUGAAGACAAGCACAUCGCUGUUGUCGAGAGAGUGUAAAGUUCGUUCUUUUCAAGUGGCAAAAAUGCUCUGUUAAAUCAUUCACAACACACAUAUACCACUUUUAAAGCAUGCUGGUCAGAUUCCUUUUUUCUAAUCGUGUCUACGAGCACACUGUGAACGAGAGGGCAUGUUGGCGCUGUUUCUGCUUCCAUCACUCGGUGGCCAUUGAAGUUUUGAUCGAUUUGUGGGGCCCUCCGGUGAUUCGAUAUACUAUUGACUCGACGGCACUCAAAAUGUCCCGUGUGGCAGCCCACACUUGACCAUUGAGUCAAUCGACUAUUGGUUGGACGGCCUUCCAAACGCCCAUGUGACACGGGUAUAAGUACGGGCGAUUGACUAUGAAAGCAAAGUGUUGUUCUGUUGUGAUCACUUGCCUCGCGUAAGUUCAAAACAUCAGCAAACCGAACAACAUAUUUGGAAGUGUGACGCACACAAAUAGAUGACUAUGCUACCAGCAUGUGGUUUUGCUGCGCGUGUUGAUGUUGGCCCUGGCUGGCUGUACCAGGAUAAAUUUUUGCAAUCUUUGGCAGCUUCAGGUUGUCGUGGAAUGCCAGCUCAAGGGUUCGGGUUCGAUUCCCGGCCAUGGCAGCCACAUUUCAGUGGGGUGAAAUGCAAAGAACACCCGUGUGCUUUGUAUUAGGUGGACAUUAAACCUCAGGUGCUCAAAAUUUAUUCGGAGUCCCCCACUACGGCGUGCCUCAUAAUCAUAUUGUGGUUUUGGUGGGUAAAACCACAGCAAUUAUUACUGUUAUUAUGUAGAAUGGAACUUGCUAGCUGCUGUCUCCAGUAGUGCUGCAGGUGUGAUGCAGCAAGCCCGAUUGCACUGUAAGAAACACCAUCGGGGGAGGGAACGAUGUGAUACAUGCUUUAAGGGUCAGUAUUUUGGCCACUUACCUCUUUUGACUAAGGAAAGAGAGAACUUAUGUUCUCUGCAACAUUCAGUCUUUUAUAAACCAAUAGAUAAAGCACCAGUAGUAGUGGCAUAGCCUGAACUACCACUAGCAAUGUUUUCUUUGCUUAAGUAUUUUCUUGUGCAUAAAAAAAUGUUAAAAUUGUGAAUUGUAGCAAAAUUCAUAAAUUCAUUAGGAGUACUUAAAUGUUCCGAGUAUAACCAAUCAGCAGUAAUGCAUUAGUUGAUUUUAGUUGACAUUACUUGAUAGCAAUGCUAAAAAAUGCCAACUCGAUGGCACAAUUUUUUCUUUCAGAUUUAACAAUUUCGUUAUAAAUUUUGGAACUCAAGACGUACUCUCCCAAUUAAAAAAAGAUUGAUGAGGAACAUAGGCAUAUUUAAGAGACUUCUAACUGAGCUAUAUAGCGACAUAGUAAUGUGCGAAUUUUUUUCUGGUGGAAGAAGGACGCCUGCAAACUAUUAAAAGUACCACGCGACUACAUAAUCGUACCAAAGCGAUAGAUCACUUUGGUCUGCUCAUGAAAUGAGCUCUUACAGUUGUUGCAAAAUUGACAAAAUGUGCUGGUUAUCACCACAGGGUGCAUUGAUGUCGGGCCGUGAUGUUAUCAGUGGCGUCAGCCUGCCAUGAGAUAUGGACGGUUUAUGUAGCGCACAAUUUAGUGGGAUUGCUGAAAAAUUGAAACGCACAUUGUUGGCGCUCUUGUACCAUUAUGGCAGUACUGAAUGCUGCCUGUGGCGCUGCGUGACGAGCAAGACAGUUGGUUCCAAUAAGCUUAUGUGAGGAUGCUGCUUAUGCGGGCGGUAGCAUAGUCACAUGGUAUUUUUCACAUUUCGCAGGCUUUCUUUAUUAAAUAGUAACAGCGUGAUAUUCUACACGGGGACACACAAGAGAAGCAACACAAACAAGCGCUGUGGGAACAAACAAGAGAAGCAACACAAACAAGCGCUGUGGGAACACACAAGAGAAGCAACACAGACAAGCACUCGUGUGUGUCCCCGUUUAGAAUAUCAUGCUGUUACUAUUUCAUGAUGCAAAACCAACUAGCCCAAAGCUUCAGUUUCUUUAUUGGCCUGAAAAAAAUGUGUGUGCAAUUAGUAGGUUGCUAAAAGUUGCACGUAUUAAGGUCGCUUAAACAUGCCUACAGGUGCCUCAUCACCAGUAAUCAAACAUUUACUGGUGUCUCCUCCACUGUACGAGGUACAAGAUGUACUGGACUUUCUUCGUGUAACACAGUUCCUGUUUUUCAAAAUCUCUGUGCUCGAUAUCUGGGUGUCAUAUUCUGAGCCAACUGCUUUCGGCGACAGCAUUGCUUUGCAUGACAUAGAAUCUCCCAUGUCCAACGACUGAAGCAGUUGCUUGCCCGCCUUUCCUAAAUCAGCCAGUCAGCACGUACUCAAAGUAACAUGACAUCUCCAACUUGGCUUGGAAUACGGCCUCUGGGACACCCUAUGUAGGGGUCAACCUAUUUUCAAGUAAAUGUGGUAGUGCUUGGUAUUGGCAUCUUGAAGGGAUGAUCACUGUUUGGUGGGUUUCUGUACGCACGUGUUUACGUAUGUAGCUUUUAUUUGACAUGUCUGGAUCAGCCUGUGCUUAGUAUAUAUUUUUUCGUGGGUAAAGCUGAGCAGCAGUACUGCUCAGCCAAGCAGCAGUGUUGAUACUCAAAUGUCUGCAAACAUAGUUCGCUAAACAUGGCAUAGGCAUAAAACUGGAUUUCUACACAAAUUUGGUGCAUAGCUUAUCAUCUGAAAUUGCUCUGUAUUGUUUUAUUAAAGCACAGGUAGUUCUUGUGAAUUCCAGGUUGUGUCAUCGUGGCUAACAGCGUGCUGAGGUGGGGAGCGAAGUCUUGCAUCCUAUAUUAUGCCUGCAACUUUCGACUACAAAUGUCUCAUGCACUUUCACGAAUGUACUGUUCACUUAUUCUGUCAUUUCAUUGCACACCGCUACUGUAGACAAGCCAUCAAGUGCGAUAUUGUUGCAUCAUCAUUGGGCCUUCAUUUGUGUGGACUUUGGGUACACCUAUUUUAUUUGCCCACAGAACUUGCCAUUGAGGGCACUGUAAGUGCCUGUCAGUCAAUGCUGCAUGCUAUGCCAUUUGCCUUGAAUGAGUGCAGGCAUAAUAAAAAAAAACUGGAUGUCUCUUAGCUACUGUGUGUGCCAGUGCUGUUCUAAUGCAACGUUGUGGACAUCUUGUGGGGUGUCAACAUCCAUUCCCAAAGUGCUAGGAAAUAUCUAUAUACUUGCAUUUGCACUGAUUUUUACUCUGCUGUUUACCACAAAGUUGUAGAUUUGUUUUGCUGAAGUGGCGAAUUCAUUCCAUUGCUGUGUAAUUAUUGAAGUACACUUGAUGAGGAUUGCUUAGAUUAUUAAAGUUAAAGUGUGCCUUACAAGCACCCCAGUUCAUCUAAAUUAAUAUUGAGCCUCCAUACUACGGUAUCUCCGGUAGUCCAAAUAUUUCCUUGGGACUAUGCAUUGAGGAAUGUAAUUAAGGAAUAAUUUUCUGUCCACUUUAACCAUAUCAGACAGCAUUGUCAAUAGGUUUGAAUAUGGCAGCUAUAGUGGGGCUAGGUGUAAAUGCACAUAUGUAAUGAACCAUGACCACUUGUACAAAGGAGAGAAAAAUCAGCUGACUUGCAUUGUCUGUACAUCACAGCACUCCUUGCACUUGUGGGAAAGGUUGUGUGGCUCUUGCACAAAUAGUCUUAAGCAAAGCAUUAGAUUAGCACACAAAUGUAGUUUUGAAAACAUUCAACUUCGCUGAUAAAUUACAUAUACCUUGUUUUUCUCAUUCACAUUCUCUGCUCAGUCAGCCAAAGAUGGACCACUACAGAAGUGCUUGCACUUAUGCAGAGGAGAAUUGUGCCAAACGUUUGUUAUGGCUGGUGAUUGUGUGAUUCGCAUGGUUUUCUAGUGUAUUGCCUCUAGCUACUUUGUAUUGCAGAGGCACCACCUUGUUGAGUUGUUUUAGUUUUUUUUUUUCUUUCUCAAAGCAUGUCCAUCAACAUUUUUCAUUGCAAUAGAAAUCAUGUUGUAGAAACAAUAAACAAGGCAUUUCAAGCACA